AUGUCGGAGGAGGAAGCACAGGAAAAGCCAGAGAGGAAGAAGAAGAAGAAGCCCGGGGACAGCAAGACAGGCAAGGGACGGAAGAUGUGGAUAGAAAAGAAGAAACAGAAAAACUCAGAAAGCAGUAGUUCCACGCAGAUUGCUACUUCCGACCUCGAGGUUGGUGAUACCGACGACUACGACGAGGACUUCCACGAAUACUCCGACCCGGAACAAGAUGAGUACGAUCUGCUUUCAUCGGGGUUUAACGUUGGCAUGUCGGGAGUCUUUGUAUCUGUUUACUUGGCUUCGUUACCUAUACGCAUAUUGGAGGAAUAA